UUGGUACCAGAACAAUACUCAUAUUUAAUGUCUGACUGUGUCUUGAAUAGUAUUAGUUCCUGCGAAGGGAACUUGUAAGAAAAAUUUGGUCAUUAAAAUAAGAAUUGUGAUGCUUAUCUAUUUUUAUAUUAAUUCUUAUCAUACUUCUUUGCUAGGACUAUUUUAGUAUCCAGAACUGUUUUUUUCACUAUGUUUUGAAUGAGUUAGAAUUUUAGAAAAGAAAGUUUGAUCCUCAAAAAGUUAUACUAAUCAUAUACUAGAUCAAAAUUACUAGUGAAACUUUUUUAAAACUAUAAAGAUACUGAUAGGAUCUUUUUGUACACAAAGAAAAAAGUUAAGAACUAAUAUCACUCAAAAUAACUAUAAAGACAAAUAUUUGCAUAUACUCGGAUACUCCCCAAAAUGCAUGUGUAAUUUUUCACCCAAAGAAACUUUGAAGAAGAAGGCAUAAAAUAGGAUUUGGGAUUUAGAUUUGGGUGAAGCUAUGUACGCACAAAUUACUUGCCCUGAUGCAGGACAUACCUUAAUGCAGAAGGCAUAAAAUAUGUAAUGUAUUGUAAACAUCAUUCACCUAACGCAAUAGCAAACAAGCAUAAAGGUCCCCCACACCCACCACUUUUCAGUUUUAGACUAAAAUAAAUACCAACUUCAACUUCAUAGUCAAGUGUAUAUUUUCCUCAUUAUUAUUACAUUUCUAAUCAGUAGUAUUAGUUUAUAAUUAUGGCUGGUGAUCCCAUUUCUCUUCUUACUCCUUACAAGAUGGGCAAAUUUAAUCUAGCUCAUAGAGUAGUUUUGGCAUCGUUGACUAGACAACGAUCCUACAAUAACGUUCCUCAACCUCAUGCUGUUCUCUAUUACUCUCAAAGGACUUCUAAUGGAGGUCUUCUCAUAUCUGAAGCUACUGGCGUCUCUGAAACUGCUCAAGGGUAUCCACACACACCUGGCAUAUGGACAAAAGAGCAGGUUGAAGCGUGGAAACCCAUCGUGGACGCUGUUCAUGCCAAAGGCGGCACAUUCUUCUGUCAAAUUUGGCAUGUUGGAAGGGUUUCUGAUUCUGUUUAUCAACCAAAUGGGCAAGCACCGAUAUCUUCUACAGACAAGCUACUCUCACCGCAAAUUGGAGGUGAUGGUGUUGUAAUAUCACAGUUCACACCACCAAGGAGGCUAAGGACAGAAGAAAUUCCUAAUAUUGUCAAUGACUUUAGACUUGCUGCAAGAAAUGCCAUCGAAGCUGGUUUUGACGGGGUUCAGAUCAACGCGGCUCAUGGCUAUCUUCUUGAGCAAUUCAUGAAAGAUAAAGCAAAUGACAGAACAGAUGAAUAUGGUGGAUCCCUUGAGAACCGUUGUCGAUUUACUUUGGAAAUUGUUGAAGCUGUUGCAAAUGAGAUAGGUGCGGAAAGAGUUGGAAUAAAACUGUCACCUUUUUCAACAUUUGGAGAAUGUGGGGACUCAAAUCCCCAAGAAUUAGGACUUUAUAUGGUUAAUGCUGUCAAUAAAUAUGGUAUUCUAUGCUGUCAAAUGGUAGAACCAAGAAUGGAAACUGAAUUCUCUCACAGCCUAAUGCCAAUGAGAAAGGCCUUCAAUGGAACUUUCAUAGUUACAGGAGGUUAUGAUAGACAAGAUGGGAACAAUGCUAUUGCUGAGAAUAGAGCAGAUCUUAUUGCUUAUGGUCGUUAUUUCAUAUCUAAUCCAGAUUUGCCGAAGAGAUUUGCACUUAAUGCUCCUCUAAAUAAGUAUUACAGGGAGACAUUCUACAGUCCUGAACCAGUUCUUGGUUAUACCGACUAUCCUUUUCUUGAAUGAUGUUAUCCAACACAUUUUGUAAUAAAGUUGGUAUCAGAACAAUAUUCAUAUUUAGUGUCUGAAUGUGUCUCAAAUAGUAUUAGUUUCUGCGAAAGGAACUAGUAAGAAAAAUUGGGUCAUUAAAAUAAGAAUUGUGAUUCUUAUCUAUUUUUAUAUUUAUUCUUUUCAUACUUCUUUGCUA